AUGAGAAUCUUCGCGAUCAUCGCUUUCGGCUUGCUGGUGUCACAACCCUGCGGCAGCAGAUCAAUCACCGAUGAGAGUUCGGUCGUCAGCGUCUAUACGAACCAACCUUCCACAGCAGAGAGUACCAGAACCUCGGGAGUCUAUUUAAUUGCUAGCAAUAUUGCCGAAAAAAUUACUUCGCCUAUUACUAAAUUCUUUGGUUUUGGUAAUGAUCAAGAUGCAAACAAAACGUCUACCAAACGACCUUUUCAUCGAAUCGAAAUCCUUGAUGAAGUGCCUGAACAUGUUACUACAGCUGAUAUGAAUCCGUUGAGCAAUGAAAUACCAAACGAAAGAGAUGUUGAGGAACUCUCAGCUGAAGGUAAUGUCAAGAAAGCCGACAAGAAACCAGAGAAAAUAACAUUAUUUUCAAGUUACUUACCAACAAAAGAAAAUAUAGAGUUAAAUGAUACGAUCAAUGAAGUUGGUAGUGGUGAUGAAGAACCAUUUGGAUUUGAUGAUGAUGACGAUGACGAACCUCAGCCUCGGGAAGGCGGAAUAAUUUAUUUCUUAGAGGGGUGCUGA